UUAGGAUAAACAUCCACCUCAAAUACCUGUUGGAUCUCCGAUACGGUCCGUGCCCGUAGGACCGCUCCGACAAAUGAUGCCCGCACAAACUGCCAGAUCAUUAACUUUCUAUGAACGCUAGAACACCAGUCAACAUGACCUGAACAAUAAUUCGAUGUUCUUGUUUAAAUAUCAUCGGGAAUAAUAUGUGAUAUGUGCUUUUAAUCUCAUCGGGGGUCUUAUUGACCUGAAAUUGAUACGUAUUAUCAUAAGUGUGGAAUUAUGAGCUCAAAAAUAUGCAGACAUCUUCAUCUACUCAUCUUUGUUUACCAUUGCAUCUUGCAUGCAACUGCAUUCACUGGCCACAACACGCCUCCAGUAUUUGAUUUCAAAAGAGAGUGGGAGAUUAAAGAAGACUGGGAUAUAGGUACUCGAAUCACCACCGUAAGGACACGUGAUGAAGAUAACGAUCCCAUCGAAUAUGGUAUCGAACCCGCAAAGUAUGUUGAUGGAUCGGAUUAUUUCCAAAUCAACAAGGAUACUGGUGAGGUUUACCUCAAAAAGUCCUUCACAGGCCUGGGCGGAAAUGAUUUUUAUUUAUACGUAACUGCAAAUGAUGGGCAUCAAAUGGCCAAAAUUGAGGUAUACAUCCGAGUACUGGAAGCCCACGGAGCCACUUCUGACCUACCUCUGAAACUGCCCUUCAGCACAACGCGCCCACGUUUACGGCCCUUUCCUCCCUUUGUACCCAGCGCCCCUCACCCCGCCCACCCCUCCUCCUCAGCUUCCAGACCUUUUCGCCACCCCCCUGCGAAAGAAGGGAACACCUCAGCCACCACCUCCUCUUCCCCCUCCUUCAUCCCCUCCCUUGGAGAUCAGCCCCCAGUUCGCGAUGUUCCUCCGGGAGAGGGCAGCGAACAGGCGCAGGGCAGCCAGGGGGCCUUCAUCGCAACCACCGUGCUGCCCAUCGUGGCCGUAACAUUAAUUGGGCCGCUGGUCUUGCUCAGCAUGUACCUCCUGUGGAGACACUGCAACAGAAACGAAAAACUAGUCGCGUUAAAGAAAGCCUCAUCGGGUGUAGCACGUAGAGAAGGGAGUCUCUCUGAAACGGUCGCAUUCAGUUACUCUCCUGCUGCACUCUUGCGACCUGCUACGCCACCUUUUAUCGGAUCAUCGAACUCAACAGGAAACGUCUUGCACAGAGUGGGAAGUGACUUAGACAAAUGGGAAUUUCAGAGGCACCGUUUGCAGUUUAUAGGAAUCCUCGGAGAAGGUUGUUUCGGCCAAGUUUGGAAAUGUCUUGCCCAGGACAUUGGUCCACGUCAAGAAACAGCAACAGUGGCCGUAAAAACACUCAAAGAAAAUGCAACUGAGAAAGAAAAGAAGGAUUUACUUUCCGAGCUAGAAGUGAUGAAACUCCUUGAACCACAUCCAAAUGUUGUUACACUUUUGGGCUGCUGUUCUGAUAAAGAUCCCAUCCUUGUGAUCAUGGAGUUUGUAAGUCGGGGUAAGUUGCAGACAUAUUUAAGAGAAAGCAGAGCAGAAAGACUUUACGGCAACUUACAUGGUAGCAGUAAAAACUUGUCCUCCAGAGACCUGACAACUUUUUCUUACCAAGUUGCCAAAGGAAUGGACUAUCUGGCUAACAAAGGAAUAAUUCACAGAGAUUUAGCUGCAAGAAAUAUUUUGGUUGAUGAAAAUAAAGUGUGCAAAGUAGCCGAUUUUGGAUUUGCUAGGGACAUAAUAGCAAGUCAUGUAUAUGAGAGAAAAUCAGAAGGAAGAUUACCAAUUCGAUGGAUGGCACCAGAAUCACUUUUUGACAAUAUCUAUACAACAAAGACAGAUGUUUGGUCUUUCGGUGUCCUACUCUGGGAAAUUGUCACCUUAGGCUCUACACCAUACCCAGGAUUAAGUGCAAACGAAGUGAUUCGUCGAAUCAGAGAUGGCUACAGAUUAGAAAAGCCAGAGCAUUGCAGACGAGAAAUGUACAACAUCAUGUUUUACUGUUGGGAUAAAGAUCCGAAGCAGAGACCCACAUUUGGAGAGCUUGUCUCUUUGCUAGACAGACUUCUAGUUAGUGAACAUGUUUACAUUGAACUGGAGAGAUUUCCAGAUCACUCCUACUACAACAUCACAGACCUUUCGGGUGAAAAAUUGUGAUAUA